AUGGCAACCUUGCAUGAACGAGAGACCUUUUUCGUAGGCGGCUCCUACACCCAAGGAGAAGAUGGUAACCAUAGGCUGUCUGGGCAGAUGUACGUCGAGCAUCUCUCACCGAGUCGGACCGAGGAAACCAAACCUUUUCCUCUCGUAUUUAUACACGGCGCAACGAGGACUGCCAAUGACUGGAUCACCAAACCCGACGGCAAACCUGGUUGGGCUUCGUUCUUCUUGUCGCGUGGGUACGAGCUCUAUCUAGUUGAUCAACCGUAUCGCGGUCGAAGUGCAUGGCCCCCGGGUCAUGGAACUAUCAUCGCCUACACUGCCGAGCAGAUCCAGCAGAUAUUCACAGCGUGCAAGCAGUACGAGAUAUGGCCGCAGGCAGCUCUGCACACACAGUGGCCUGGUACCGGCGUGAUGGGUGAUCCCAUUUUUGACCAGCUGUUCGCUUCGACUCUCCAGAUGGUCGGCGAUACAGACCUCCAGGAGCGAGCAACGCAGGCGGCGUGCGCAGCAUUAUUAGAUAGGAUCAACCGACCGGUGAUUCUGGUCGGCCACUCUCAAGGUGGUUCGACUCCGUUGCUUGUGGCCGACGUGCGACCAAGCCAGGUCAAAAUGAUUGUGACAAUUGAGCCGGUCGGGCCUCCCUUUUCCAAGGCCUCGUUUAUCAAGGGUCCGGGGGCGCGUUACGGCGUCUCCUUUGCCCCCAUCACCUACGACCCGCCAGUCUCGGAUCCCGACACAGACUUUGUCAAGGUGGAUUUGAAGGCAAACUCGCCAUCGCGGGUGGAUUGUCUGCAGCAGGCUGAAUCGCCUCCGCCGCGACAGCUGAUCAAUCUCAAGGGCAUUCCGGUACUACUCAUGACGUCCCAGGCCUCGUAUCACGCACAGUACGAUUGGGCAAUAGUGCGGUAUCUACGGCAAGCCGGUGUCGAGGCGGAACACAUGGAGUUGCAAGGCGUUGGCUUGCUCGGCAAUGGACACAUGAUGUUUCUUGAGGAGAACAGCGACGAGAUUGCCGCUGCGCUUGAGGGACGAAUCGAUGAAAUUGUGCAGCGUAGAGCGGCAGCCUAG